CCCUUUCUUCCCCUCCUCUUCCUCCUCCUGCUCCCUCUCCUUCCCAUUUCCGUCGCCGCUGCCGCUCUUCUGUCCGGUCUCCGCUUAUCCUCGCGCCCCGCCGCCCGGCUGAUUAGCUGCCCCGUGACCGUAUCACUGAAAGUGCAUUGGGUUGGAUUUAAUCUGAGGUUGCCAAAAAAGCCAGAGACUGUCAAGCUUGGCAGGUCCAGCGGUGCUUGAGAAAAGCUAUGUCUUUUGUUGGGCGGGUAGACCCGUCAACGACAUACGCAGAUAAUAUUUACGUGCAUAAAUUUGGUGCACCAAACUCAAACUUUGCUGCAAGAAGGUUUGGCUCCGAUUCGCAGUUGUUCAGUUAUGGCCCUGAACCAUUCAGUUCUGAGGACUUCGGACAUAUGGGUUUCACUGAAGCACCCUCUGCUGCAUUUCAGAACUCCUUUUACAAUCAGCAAGCUUCACUAGCACCGUACCAUGCAACAGCUGAUGGCCGAUCUCCGGCUGUUGCGGAUAAUCAGUCCAACUCAUGCUCUGAUGCAGCAAAAGACUCACCGGUGUUCUCCAACAUAUCUCAGCAGAACUCCCAGUCUAUAUCAGAUAAUCAUAGUUCUGAACUUGAAGUAGAGUUUGAUGAUGAGAUCAGAAUGAAGCUUUCGGAGCUGGAGCAUGCUUUACUGGAUGAUGAAGAUGACAUAUUGUUCGAAAUUUCCCAGGCGGAUUGCAUUAAUGAUGGUUGGGCUGAUCCCAUGAAGGAUGUCUUGCUUCCCAACUCUCCAAAAGAAUCGGAAUCGAGUAUUAGUUGCGCAGGUAGCAACAACGGAGAAGCACGGACCCCAAAGCAGUUGCUCUUUGACUGUGCUACGGCGUUAUCUGAAUAUAAUGUAGAUGAAGCACAGGCAAUCAUAACGGACCUCCGGCAGAUGGUCUCAAUUCAAGGGGACCCUUCUCACAGGAUUGCAGCUUAUCUCGUAGAGGGCCUUGCUGCAAGAAUAGAAGCUUCAGGGACAGGCAUCUACAAGGCAUUGACAUGCAAGGAUCCUCCAACUCUGUAUCAGCUGUCAGCAAUGCAAAUUCUCUUUGAAAUCUGUCCAUGCUAUCGAUUUGGUUUCAUGGCUGCUAAUUAUGCUAUACUUGAAGCCUGCAAAGGCGAAGAAAGGCUGCAUAUCAUAGACUUUGACAUCAACCAAGGAAGUCAGUACAUUACAUUGAUGCAGUUUAUGAAAAAUGAUACAAACAAACCACGUCAUUUGAGAAUAACUGGUGUGGAUGAUCACGAGACGGUGCAGAGGACUGUUGGAGGUCUGAAGGUCAUUGGGCAACGUCUGGAGAAGCUUGCAGAGGACUGUGGGAUAUCUUUUGAGUUCAAGGCAGUGGCUGCUAACAUCGGGGAUGUUACACCUGCAAUGCUAGAUUGUCGUCCUGGGGAAGCACUAGUUGUGAAUUUUGCGUUCCAGCUGCACCACCUUCCUGAUGAAAGUGUUUCGAUCAUGAACGAGCGGGACCAUCUCCUCCGUAUGGUCAAGGGCCUUGAGCCAAAGCUUGUCACCCUGGUUGAGCAGGAUGCCAAUACUAAUACUGCUCCAUUUCAGACAAGGUUCCGUGAGGCUUAUGACUACUACUCCGCCCUUUUCGAUUCACUGGAUGCAACACUGCCAAGGGAAAGUCCGGACAGAAUGAAUGUGGAGAGGCAAUGCCUUGCACGAGAAAUUGUUAACAUCCUGGCUUGUGAAGGCCCUGAUCGUGUGGAGAGGUACGAAGUUGCUGGGAAAUGGAGGGCGAGAAUGACAAUGGCUGGCUUUGUUCCGCGCCCAUUUAGUAGCAGUGUCAUUGGAGGAAUAAGAUCUCUACUGAGCUCAUACUGCAACAGGUACAAGUUUGAGGAGGACCAUGGGGGUCUUCACUUCGGCUGGGGAGAGAAAACACUCAUCGUCUCCUCCGCGUGGCAAUAGAGCUCGCUGACUUAAGUUGCAUUAGCAUUGCUGUGUUUUAGGAGCUUCUGGUGCAGAGAUUGUAAAAAGGAUGUGAACUGCUGAGUUCUUGACUGAUCUUAUCUAAUUUUAGGAGUCUGCUUCUCAGAAUAAUUGAGUUUGGCUGAUCGCCCGGGUGAACUAUGUUGCACUGUAGCAACUGGUCACACGAUUGUGAUGUAUUCUGGGAUAGAAUCGUGA